AUGAAGUGGAGAAGCCAGCUCGAGCCCUUUUCUGAAACCCCACCAGGAGAAUUCGAGAAGGAUGGUUUAUCAAUCAAUCAGACGGUUCUUGUAAGAACAGCCAUGAACAAUAUAAGUGUGAUCAAGAAAGGAGCCGAAGUGAUCAUUGCACAAGGUGGUGUUGAGUCUGUUGACACUCCGGCUUUAGACCGAUGUCUCAUGACAAGGUAUAGUUCUACAAUGCAAAUCGAGCCAUCUAAGGCCACACCAUCAAGACCACAACAUGCGACCUCAGCCUCGGUUACGAACAGAAGUGUCACCAGAGUUGGUUACAAACACGGUUUUGAAGAAGUUGAUAGUGCCACCCCAGAUUCUGAGAUUCGAGCUGCUCUUUUCUCCAUCCAUCCUGACAAGGCUCCAAGGCAACAUGGUUUCACUGCGAGUUUCUUUCAGACCAACUGGGAUGUCAUGGGACCUGCUAUGAUAAAGGAGAUACAAGAAUUCUUCAGAACGGGAUCAAUGCCUCACUCUAUCAACUCUACACAUAUCAGGUUGAUCCCAAAGAUUACGAGUCCUAAAGUAGUUUCAGACUACAGACCCAUUGCUUUGUGCAAUGUUUACUAUAAGGUAAUCUCAAAACUCCUAUCACUGAGGCUAAAACCGGUCCUACACUGUGCUAUUUCUGAGAACCAGUCAGCUUUCAUACCUGGACGAGCCAUCUCUGAUAACGUGCUAAUCACGCACGAAUUCCUUCACUAUCUUAAGACGACCAAGUCCAAAAAACGUUCCUCCAUGGCUAUAAAGUCUCACAUGAGCAAUGCAUAUGAUAGAUUAGAAUGGAGUUUCAUCGAAUGUGUUCUAUCUACAUUGGGUUUUCACGAGGAUUUUACUACCUGGAUAAUGAAGUGUGUCUCCUCUGUCUCUUACUCCUUCCUGAUCAAUGAUGCUGUCCUAGGCAGAGUGAUACCACAGCGCGGAAUUAGACAAGGGGACCCCCUCUCCCCCUAUCUCUUUAUCCUGUGUAGUGAAGUUUUAUCAGGCCUCUGCUCUAAAGCACAACAAGAUGGAACUCUCCCUGGAAUCAAAAUUGCAAAAAACAGUCCCAGUGUAAAUCACUUACUGUUCGCUGAUGAUACCAUGUUUUUCAUCCCCACCUAUAGACGUAGCUGCGCGAAACUGAAACAUAUUCUAACCAUGAAUCACAAAGGAGGGGGUGUGGGAAAGUACCUUGGCCUCCCAGAACACUUCGGGAGGAAAAAGAGAGACCUCUUUGCAUCUAUUAUUGAUAGGAUUGUGGUGAAGGCAGUAAGCUGGUCUACUAGAUUCCUUUCCUCUGCUGGUAAAAUGGUCAUGCUUAAAGCUGUCCUCACUGCUGUUCCUAGCUUUGCAAUGACUUGCUUUCUGUUACCGGUUGGCUUGUGUAAGAUGAUACAAUCGGCUCUAACACGUUUCUGGUGGGACUCAAACACCGGAAAAAAGAAGAUGUGUUGGUUAUCAUGGGAUAAGCUUACAAAACCAAAAAGUUUGGGGGGUUUGAGUUUUAAGGAUAUUCAAACCUUUAAUAUUGCUCUGCUGGCAAAGCUUCCAUGGCGCAUGCUCACUAAUCCAAAAUGUCUCCUAUCUAGAGUCAUGCUCGGGAAAUACUGCCACAAAGCUCCACUGCUCAAAGUACAAUUGGUGAAAGGCGCUUCCCAUGGAUGGACUGGUAUCCUCGCUGGUAGAGACUUACUAGCCUCCCACAUUGGAAGAGCAGUGGGAGAAGGGACAGAGAUCAAGGUAUGGACGGAUGCUUGGAUAUCAACUACGUCUCGCAUUAUACCGUAUGGGCCACUCAAGGAAGGUACAAAUGAUCUCUAUGUCUCUGAUCUUAUUAAUCGAGGUACCUGUGAAUGGAAUAUAGAGAUGAUCAGUAGGAUAAUGCCUGAUUUUGUUGAGGAAAUAUUGACUAUCAAACCGAGCAAAACAGAAGCAAGAGAUUCCUACAUUUGGUACACAGCGAAGUCUGGCAUAGACUCCGCAAAGUCAGGGUAUGCUGCGGCCAUUGCUGAUAAAGAACUCUUGGACAGUAGCGCUCCGCUUGACUCCUUUGAUUGGCAUCGAUCGGUGUGGUCUAUUUCCUCUACGCCAAAGCUACAGAUCUUCAUUUGGAAAGCGAUUCAAGGAGCUCUUCCAACGGGUGGGAAUCUACAGAAGAGGGAGAUGUUACAGAAUACUAACUGCGUUCACAGCGGUCAGACUGAGACUACUGAACACCUAUUACUACAUUGCCCCUACGCGGCCCAGGUAUGGAGCCUAAUUCCCCUGUCUGGGAGUUUUGAUCCGGGGCUCUGCUUAUCAGUUAGUGAAGUUGCUCAGACAUCAAAGACAUGGACCUGCUUGCCGCCGAGUGGGAUAAGCAGCGACAUCUUCUCUUGGGUGUGUUGGAAUCUAUGGACCACUCGGAACAAACUUUUGUUUGAGUCAAGACCAACCUCUGCACAAGCCACGGCCACAAAAUCCCUUGUGAAUGCUCGUGAAUGGCUACAGGCUCAGGACCCCACCAAAUCUCCACAGAACAAUACUCAGAUCCAAGCAAGACCGCCAUCGAUCCCUGUCGGGACAGUAACUUGUAACACCGACGACGCUUGGAAAAAGGAAUCUCUCACCGUCGGUCUGGCCUGGAUCUUCGACUCGGCUUCAUCACUCACCCGAUCAGAUGGUUGUCAAUACCAAACUUGGGUCUCAUCAGCGCUUAUGGCUGAAGGGUUGGCUAUUCGGGAGGCUCUCUCUCACGCUCAACACCUCGGCAUCACCAAAAUCUGGAUCCGUUCAGACUCUCUUUCGCUCAUCAGAGCCAUAAACUCGGUUAACAAGCCGGAGAAUCUCUACGGAAUUCUCUCGGACAUCGAGUCUCCAUCAUCGUCUUUCGUUUUUUGUUGCUUCUCCUUUGUUUCUCGUGACCUUAAUGGGCAGACAGACAAUUUGGCAAAAGUCUACCUCUACAAUGUGUUCUCCUCCUGGGCCUGA